AUGGCAACUAAUCGUAAGAUGUCAAAAUUUGUCCAUCAAAGUAGAAAAGAAUGCGAUCAAAAUGGCCAAAAAAUAGACGUAGCUGAUCACCAUAUUAUAUCAAAAGCUCAAAUUCGUGAAGGCAUGAAUAAAUACAUGGAAGAAAUUCCUGAUAAUAACGUCUUAAAACAGAAAAUUGAAGGUUACUUGAACGAUGAUAGAAAUAAUGCUGUCAAAACACUUAUAAUUAAUGAACUUCCAUGGGCAGAUAAAGAUCAAGCAGAAGUUCAAGACAGACAUUGUAAACUUUUGAUUCAAGGAUUUAUCUGGAAUCCAAAUAAUCUUGUUCCUGGUCCUACUAAAGAUCGUGGUCUCGAUCCAAAAUCUAAAAUCGAUAAAGAGCUGUUGAAAGAUUUACCACCUGAAUACACUACGCUAGCUAGCCGACCAUCAAAUAUGCUUGAUAAAUUAACCCAACUACGUUCGAAAGAUAUCGAAAAAGCUACUUGGGAAAAACGUGCGAAUGGCAAAUUUUACUUCAAACCAAAUUCGUCUGAUCCUUCAAAUGUUUAUGACUUUCCAUCCUACGACCAAUCAUCUAAAAGCUAA